AUCGGGACCGGGCCUGGAGGUCGGGGUUGGACGGCCCCGGCGGGACGCCCCGAGUGGCGGUUGUUUCAAGAUGGCGGACGUGGCGGGUCACUGCCGCCCCGGCGCGGCGGCGUUCUGGAGCCGCGACUUUUCUGAUGAAGAACAAUCAGUAGUGUAUGUUCCAGGAAUUUCUACAGAAGGAAAUAUCAGAUCAAGACACAAGAUGGUGAAUCCAAAAGCUGAUGUUAAACUUAAGACUUCCAAGGUGACUGCUACUUCAGUCUCCAUGGAGUCUUUAAAAGGUGCAGGAGAUUCAGUAGAUGAACAGAAUUUCUGCAGGGGAGGAAUAAAGAGUGCAUCAUUGAAGGAUUUAUGUCUUGAAGACAAAAGACGCAUUGCAAACUUAAUUAAAGAACUGGCCAGAGUAAGUGAGGAAAAGGAAGUAACAGAAGAAAGACUCAAAGCUGAGCAGGAAUCAUUUGAGAAGAAGAUCAGGCAGUUGGAAGAACAGAAUGAACUGAUCAUAAAAGAAAGGGAAGCUCUUCAGCUACAGUAUAAAGAAUGCCAAGAACUUCUAAGCCUCUAUCAGAAAUAUCUAUCAGAACAGCAGGAGAAGCUCACUGUGUCUCUCUCAGAACUUGGUGCUGCUAAAAUUCAGGAACAACAGGUAUCCAAUAGGAAGAGCACUCUCUGGUCUUCAUCUGUGGAACUGGAUGGUUCCUACUUGAGUGCAGCCAUACCACAAACCCACACUCAAACCAAGCAAAGGCCUAAGUCUGCAAAUCAGGACUCAGCUUCAGAAUUCCUUGCAGAAUUUAGGAAUAAUUCUUUGAAACCAGCAGCCCUUCAUUAUCCCAAAGAGGAUGUGGACAAGGUGCCAUCAGAGACCAGAACAUGUAAUUAUGGAUCCCCAGGGAAAAAACUAGUAGAUGCAGUCGUUACAGAGAAAGUUCCACCAGAGGAACUGAAGAUGAAGGAAUGCCAACACCUUAAGGCUACUCCAUCUAGUCAGUGCUGUGGUCAUAGACUUUCUGAAAAUGCGGAUCAUGUUUGUGAGAGCCAUCCAACAAACAUGGUCCCUCAGUAUUCCAAGACACAUCUGGAAUCAUGCAGGUAUUGUGGGCUUUCCUGGGCAUCUCUGAUGCAUGGCCAAGGGGCACUGCAGCCUAGUGAAACUGAUGUCAAAAAGCAGCUCUCAGAAGAUAGAAGGCAGCAACUCAUGCUUCAGAAAAUGGAGCUGGAAAUUGAAAAGGAACGCCUCCAGCAUCUACUGGCCCAGCAGGAGACAAAACUACUCCUAAAACAGCAGCAGCUGCAGCAGUCUCGACUGGACUAUAACUGUUUAUUGAAGUCAAAAUAUGAUGGCUGGGCGCUUGGAACAUCAUCAUCCAGCAAAAAUUACCAAGACUCCACUAACAAUGGAGAGAAUAGAAGGGAGAAGAAGACAGUUGGGUUUCAGUCACAUAUGGAAGAUGAUGCCCUGUGGACAGGUCAAAAGAAAGAUGCAUAUCAACCCCAAAGAGGGACAAUGGCAGAAGUUAGAAAAGAUGCGUCCACAUCUCCUAUGACAGCAGGAAGCCAAAAGGAGCUUAUAAUCGCAACCACAGCAUCAUUGCAACAUGACACCCCCCGGUAUGAGACAUCUCUAUUGGAUUUGGUUCAAUCUCUGAGCCCCAAGACUGCUUCCAAACCGCGGCCCCAUCGCUCCAGAGAAGCUGGGUCAUGGCAUCACAGUACUUGCCUACUCAGUCGUCUAAAAUCAACCCGGAACAAGACCGGGGCAGGCAGGACCCCUGAAGACCUGGAGGAGGAUCAGAUUCUGGAAGAUAUCUUUUUCAUUUGACACUGAAGCACAUGCUGCAAGAUUUCCGUCAGAAAUGACUUACUAUAUCAACUUGGAGAAUAAUAGAAGAUUUACUGAGUUGGAGAAAAAAAGAAAGUUGAGUAGCAAUGAGUCUGAGAAGGGACUUGAGAGCGUGACCCCCCAAGCAGAACUUCUCCCCGCCUCUCUGCUUGCUUCUCACCCGACAAGAAGGACAGCACAUGCGGCCGCAGCCCGGGAGGGCCUGGCUAGGGGCACCUCCCCGAAAUCUGCCGGCUGAGCCUUUGAACGGAGAAAUGCGGCCAGGGACUCCAGCAGCCUUCUGUUCUGUUCUGUUCUGUCCUGUCCUGUCCAGGGGGAGGUGUUAGAGUGGGGCUCUAUUAGAAAUGAAAACUCUCUCUCCCCAUGAUGUGAAAUCCCUUCCAAAAGCAUCAGUCUGGCUAGAGAGCUGCCCUGCGUACAGCCCUCUCUUAUCACCUGUCUCGCCUCCCUCCUCACCUGGAUGCUUAGCUGGACCAGAGGAUUCAUAGUUUUCAUCAGAUUCUCAAAGGAAUAUGCAAUCCAAAGAAUUCAAGAAUCACUGGUCUUCAGGAAACUCUGAAGCAUCUUUGGACUGUCCACUAGGUACAAGGCAAAGUCCAGUGAUGUGGUUCCUGGCCUCCAGCAGCACCCAGGAACUGUGUCGAGCUGCAAUUAAAGUGCCCAGAAGUCGGUGCAGCCCCAGAGGCCUGAACGGCAGCCCCUAGGAGGGGGACUUCAAUCAGAAUUUCCUGGAAGAUAAGAUAUUGUUGCUGGGCCAGGGCAGGAAGGAAGGAAGGAAGGUGCCCUAGACAGAGCAACACUGUGUCAAAGGCAUGGAGACAGGGACCCCAAGAUGAGUGAGCUCAUUGCUAGGCCUAGAGUUUAAACUUGGAGAGCAGCAGGGCCCAGUGGAAAGAGAACUGUAGAUUCCGUUACUCAGCAACAGUUUCCAGUUUACCUAGUGCUCCGUCAGAGGCUGAGGUUCAAGUCCUUGCUGUGCCACCGUAGCUGUGUGACAUGUGCAGGUCCCUUCAGCAGUGCAAGCUCAGUGCCUCUACCUGCAAAAUGUAGGACAGCACACUUGUGCACAGCCGGCUCACAGACUACAUGGGGAUGCAGCGAAAGGAUGCUCAGGCAUCUGCUGAGUAAACAACUGCGAAGCACUUUAUGCAUAUCGGGUGCUUUUGUCAUUUAUCUGAAGGCUGGCAAGGGGCAGCGCGGAGAACUGCGGAUUCCAUGACAGCCAGGCAAACCUAGGCCGGCCAGCCCCCCAACCCCAUCUCGCUUACCCGCCACAGGUCACCACCUCAUUGAUGCUCCCAGCCCCCUCCUUGGUCUCCAGCAGGGCAGCCCACUGCACACCUGCCUGUUUCAGAAUACUGUUUACCUCCGUCUCUCCCCUCAGCCUGGGCUGCCUUCCUGGGAGUCGGGACUGUGCUCUCAUCACCUCAUACCCUAUGCAGCGUCCUGGCCACCUCUGCUUCAACAGCCCUGACUCUCCAGGCCCCAGCCUUGAGGACCGUCUGGAGCAGGCAGAGUCAAGAGCUGUUCCAGAGCGGGGACCCUGGAGCUGUGGUCCGCCCGCCUCCAUAAGGGUGCCUGUGAGCGGCUCACAGCCCUUCCUUCUCCACCCCAGUCUCCACUCUCCACCUCUAGUAUUUUCACAUCUGUCCCAUCUCUCUUCAGAACCGAAGAUGAUGUUGUUUUCUUGUUUUGCUAGUCAGGCUGCUCCUGGGGAUGAGGGUGGGAAUAGGCACCCCCAGGAGCCAGGACUGGCUAGUGUUUUCUCAGUGGUCUACAGGCAGGAACCACGGUGGGCCCAUCAGGCAGCCCAUGACACCUGCUGCUCAUGUCCAUGUCGGAGGAUUUUUCCUUUCAGAUCCCCAGGACGUUUCCAGGGGAAGAAGGGGCGGGAAGGGUGCUGGUCCCUGGAGCACCCAGUCCAAACGGCUGACAGCUCUCCCCAGGCUGACCCAGCUAAUGCUCAAACUGGCCACAUUUUUUUUUUCAAACAUUUAAUUUUGAAGUCAGACCUACAGAAAAGUUUUAGAAAUAAUACAAAGAACUCCUGUACACCCUUCACUCGUAUUCCCCAGUGUUAACAUUUUAACUCAUUUGCUUUAUCAUUCACUCUUUCUCACACAUAUAUAAACAAACACACAUAUUAUUACUUUUCUUCUGAAAUAUUUGAGAGUAAAUUGCAGACAUAAUACUCUUCUUUUUCCUAAUAAUUCGGCAUGUAUUUCCUAAAAACAAGGACAUUCUCUUGCAUACCCACAGUACCAUGAUUGAAAUCAGGAAAUGAACAUUAAUAAAGCACUAGUAUCUAAUCUACAGACCAUAUUUAAAUUUUUCCAACUUUCCUUUUUAACUUUUUAAUUUCCUUCCCUCAAAUAUCCUUUUCGACGAAAGAAGAAUAAAAUUUAGCCAGGAUCUAAUCUACGAUCAUAAAUUGCAUUAGUCGUCAAAAUGGCUAUUGUCAAAAAAUCCACAAACAAUAAAUGCUGGAAAGGGUGUGGUGAGAAGGGAACCCUCCUACACUGUUGGUGGGAGUGUAAGUUGAUACAGCCACUAUGGAGAACUAAAAAUAGAGCUACCAUAUGACCCUGUAAUCCCGCUCCUGGGCAUAUAUCCAGAGAAAACCAUAAUUCAAGAGGGUACAUGCACCCCAAUGUUCAUUGCAGCACUGUUUACAAUAGCCAAGACAUGGAAGCAACCUAAACGUCCAUUGACAGAGGAAUGAAUAAAGAAGAUGUGGUACAUAUAUGCAAUGGAAUAUUACUCAGCCAUAAAAAAAGAAUGAAAUAAUGCCAUUUGUAGCAACAUGGAUGGACCUAGAGAUUGUCAUACUGAGCGAAGUAAGUCAGAAAGAGAAAGAGAAAUAUCGUUAUGAUAUCACUCAUGCGGAAUCUAAAACGAAAUGACACAAAUGAACAUAUUUACAAAACAGAAACGGACUCACAGACUUAGAGAAUGAACUUACGGUUACCGGGGGGGAAGGGUGAAGGGAAGGGAUAGUUGUAGGGAGUUUGGGAUUGACAUGUACACACUGCUAUAUUUAAAAAGAAUAACCAACAAGGACCUACUGUAUAGCACAAGGAACUCUGCUCAAUGUUAUGUGGCAGCUUGGAUGGGAGGGGAGUCUGGGGGAGAAUGGAUACAUGUAUAUGUAUGGCUGAGUGGCUUUGCUAUACACCUGAAACUAUCACAUUGUUAAUCAACUAU